AUGUCGAGCAGCCAGUCCCCCAAUUGGACUCUCGUCCCCUACCUGAUUCAGACGAUGUGUCUACUCCUCGCUCCGGCCCUUCUGGCGGCGUCGGUGUACAUGUUACUCGGACGGAUAAUACUAGUUCUACGCGCGGAAUCGCAUGCGAUGCUGAAGAAGAAGUGGUUAACCAAGGUCUUUGUAACGGGUGACGUCCUCUCGUUCUUGCUGCAGGGGUCAGGUGGUGGCAUUCAGAGCAGCGGCAGUCUCGACAGUAUGAAGUUCGGGGAGCACGUUAUCGUGGCCGGUCUUUUCGUUCAAAUACUGUUCUUCGGAUUCUUCAUUAUCACGGCUGGCAGUUUCGACGUGAAGCUCAGAAGGUAUCCAAUCCCGCGCUGCUUCGAGGGUCAUAUUCCGUGGAGGAAACAUCUCAAUAUGCUGUAUGGCACUAGUGUUUUGAUUCUCAUCCGGUCCAUCUUUCGGCUGGCAGAGUACCUCCAGGGCAACGAUGGGUUCCUCUUACACCAUGAGAUCUUUCUAUACGUUCUGGAUGCGUUGUUAAUCUUUAUCGCCAUGGCUGCCUACAAUAUCUGUCAUCCCAGUGAGAUUGCCAAGUAUAUGGAGUCCAAAGAGGAGCUCGAACUAUCGGAGGGUUAUACCAACUCUGUCAGGUGA